AUGUGGGAUUGGGACGCUACCUCCCUCGCCGGCGCUCUCAAAUCCGCCGCCACUCGCCGCUCUGCGAACCACGUCAAGCCCCUCCAGGCGCUCCUGCUUAAGCUCGGCCUCUCAGCGUCCGCCAUCCUAUCCACCUCGCUCGCGCACCUUGCACUCCGCUGCGGUCUUCCAGGUUACGCCCGCUUGCUGUUCGACGAAAUGCCCCGCCGGGACGUGGUCUCCUGGACGUCCCUCAUUACCGGCCACGCCCACCAGGGUCUGCAUGCUGAUUCUUUGUCCCUUUUCCGGCGCAUGGUGGAAUCUGGCGUUGCUCCCAACGGGUACACGCUGUCCGGUGGGCUGCUCGCGUGCGCCGGGGUUGGCCAGGCCGCCCUUGCUAUCGGGAAGGAAAUUCAUGCCAGGGUUGUGAAGAUGAGUAUGUAUGGCCCGGUCGAUUCGGUUGUGGAGAACGGAGUUCUUGACAUGUACACGAGAUGCGGUAAUGUUGACUGCGCCAGGAGAGUGUUUAGGGUGAUGGCGGCAAGGGACAUCGUUGCGUGGAACUCGAUGAUGGCUGGUUGUCUCGGCAGUGGCCAACCUGAGGAGGCCGUGGCGUUGUUUGCGUCAAUGGUGUCUUUUGGGGUUGGCACAGAUGGAUUCUCGUGUGCAAUAAUUGUCGAUGCGUGCGGGGAGCUGGCAUUGUUGAAGCAGGGGAUGCAGGUGCAUGCACGGGUUAUUCGUGGUGGAUUUGAGUGGGAUAUGGUUGUCAGGAACUCCUUGGUGGAUAUGUAUGCAAAGUGCGGUUGUGUUGACUCAGCAGAGCUUGUCUUUAAGGGUGCACCAUCACUGGACUCUGUUCUGUGGACUACGAUGAUCUCAGCUUAUGGAAAGUCUGGCCGUGCACAAGAUGCAGUAUCUAUGUUUGAUAGGAUGGCACAUUUGGGCAUAAAAAGAGAUGGAGUAGCAUAUCUUGCGGUGUUGUCAGCUUGUAGCCAUGGCGGACUUGUUCGGGAAGGUUGGCACUACUUCAAGGUUCUGUUUGAUGGCCAGAGCUCGGUUAAGCUGCAGCCUGAGCACUACGGUUGCAUGGCAGAUCUUAUUUGCAGGAGAGGUUGCCUACAAGAUGCUCUUGAAUUCAUUGAGAGCAUGCCAUUUGACUCGAGUGUUGCUGCUUGGAGUGCAUUGCUUAAUUCAUGUCGAAUCUAUAGGGAUGCUAAGUUGGGUCAGCUUGCAGCAUCUCGUCUACUCGAGCUUGAUCCGGGGAACCACAGUAACUGGGUUGCUCUAUCAAGUAUACAUGCGUUGGAGGGAGAUUGGCAUGAGACCUGGAUGAUCAGGGAGAGCAUGAACAAAGAGUGGGUGAAGAAAGAGCCUGGAUGUAGUUGGGUCGAGCUGCAGGAUGGGGUUCAUGUCUUUCUAAUGGCUGACCAGUCUCACCCUGAAUUGGUUAGUGUACUGCAGACUCUCGAUUCUUUGAAGGAAGAUAUAUAGAGGAUGCCUUCAUAAGAAGCAUACGAUGAACAAGUUUUUGCGAGGCUCUUUGGUCGGAGCUCCUUUAAAUCUUGCCGGAGAGUGCGACGUUGUCCUAGCUGGUUAUUUUCCUUGCAACUAGUGUGACCAGUUCCAUCAAAUAGGUUUGGAGAUGAAAAUACAUCCUUUGCAGAUGUGCCAUUACAGCAAGAGUUAUAACUAAGGACUAGUGCCUUGCUGCAUAUAUGUGGGAUGCAAAAACGAGACCACGUACAGAAGACGAUAGGAUUACAAGAAAAGUUCCAUUGAAGUGUAUAUCUACCCAGGUCAAGUUUCUAUCCUUAACUUGUACUGUAGUCAAGAAGGAAAAGAAACCAUUUUGCUAAAAGUUGCGCCCAUGUUUCAGUUCAAACAGUGUUGGUUUGCCUCUAUAUAUCAGUCUAUUGUACGUCUUGAUUGCUAGACAUCAGGAGACCAACUACACAUAUGUGAUACAUUCUGCAAAAUAUUAACAUUUCCUUGAAAGAGAAGAACUUAGGCAGAAUGGUUGUGUUUUACUCCUUGAGGAUCAGACUACGCAUCUGAGACUCCAUGCUUUAA